AUGGCCGAGGCUGUGGCUAAAUUCACAUUUGUUUUUUGCUGCUUUGCUCCCGUCCAUUUGUUAUUGGAUUUUUGGUGUGACACCAUGGGGGCAUUUUUGGAUAAACCAAAGAUGGAGAAAUACACCUCUCAUGGUGAGGGGAAUAGCCUGAAGUUCGGUCUGAGCAGUAUGCAGGGCUGGCGUGUGGAGAUGGAAGACGCGCACACAGCUGCAGUUAGUUUGCCUCAUGGGCUGGACCUUUGGUCCUUCUUUGCUGUCUAUGAUGGUCACGCAGGCUCUCAGGUGGCUAAAUACUGCUGUGAGCACCUGCUUGAGCACAUCACAACCAAUCCAGACUUCCAGAGUGCCCUGCAGGAGGAAACCUGUGUAGACAGUGUGAAGAAUGGGAUCCGCACAGGAUUCCUUCAGAUUGAUGAACAUAUGAGAACCAUCUCAGAAAAGAAGCAUGGAGUGGACCGUAGUGGUUCCACAGCAGUGGGAGUGCUAAUCUCUCCCACUCAUGUGUACUUUAUCAACUGUGGUGACUCUCGUGCUCUACUGAGCAGGGCUGGGGCUGUGCACUUCUUCACACAGGAUCACAAACCCAAUAAUCCUUUGGAGAAGGAGAGGAUCCAGAAUGCUGGUGGUUCUGUUAUGAUUCAACGUGUCAAUGGCUCCCUGGCUGUGUCCCGAGCGCUUGGGGACUUUGACUACAAAUGCGUGCAUGGAAAAGGACCCACAGAGCAGCUGGUGUCUCCGGAGCCUGAAGUUUAUGCCAUAGAACGAUGUGAAGCAGAAGAUGAAUUUAUAAUUCUAGCAUGUGACGGCAUCUGGGACGUUAUGGCCAAUGAACAACUCUGUGACUUCGUCAGGUCAAGGUUAGAAGUGUCUGAUGACCUUGAACGAGUCAGCAAUGAAAUUCUUGACACCUGUUUGUACAAGGGGAGUCGAGACAAUAUGAGUGUUGUACUAGUCUGUUUUUCUGGGGCGCCAAAGGUUUCACCUGAAGCAGUGAAUCGUGAACUGGAGCUGGAUAAAUACCUGGAAACCAGAGUAGAAGAAAUAAUGAAAAAACAGGGAGAUGAGGGAGUCCCGGAUUUGGUCCAUGUGAUGCGGACAUUAGCAUCUGAAAGUAUCCCUAACCUUCCACCUGGAGGGGAAUUGGCGAGCAAGCGAGGUGUAGUCGAAGCAGUAUACAACAAACUGAACCCGUAUCGAAAUGAUGACACAGACCCAGACAUCCUGUUUUUCCGCGGUUUCAGCUAA